AAAGUAGUGGUAUAAAAUGAUCCCAUAAUUUAUUGCUCGGUUUGUAGUGGUAUUUAGCAAUUUUGUAGGUAACUCUUAUGUUUGAAAUAGUGGACUCGUGGUUGGCAACAACUGCUUAUCAAUUAUUAUAAAAGUAUCACUUUUUAGUUUUGUUUAUACUACCACACUUGAUACAACAUUUUAGUACUUAUAAUAUUGAUUUAUCUUUUCUGUACAAUUUUUUGUGGAUAUCUACUGUAUUCACUAAUACAUUUUAUAUUAUGCCGUUAUUUAAAUAAUAACCCUGAGGAUUUUAAAUAACUGUCAAUCUUUGACGUUUUUUCUAAGCACUAUCCAGAUAUCAGCAUUCAUUUCUACAAAAAUGUAUUUGUCUGUUAACCAGUUGUCUACUCUUAUGAAGUAUGCAUUAAAAUAUUAUUAUAAUUAAAGAUGACCUAAUAUCAUACUACUUAUAUUCACAGCAUUCUUAGUGAAGAAACUGUUGAAAAUCAAACACUUGAAUAUCUUGUUUCACAACUACAUCAAUUUUUCAAGCGAGAAGAUAACUUUAAAGGUAAAUAUUAUAUUCAACCUCUGCAACUGUAAAGUAAAGAUUUUAUAAAUUCAAAUUUAAUAUAAAAUUUGCUAUGGUUUACCCGAAAUCAUCAAUGGAAAUUAAAACUUGUAAUAUAAUGAAUUUCAAGUUUCUGUCAGUUUAGAUUAGUACUUAAUUUUUUUUUUUUUCAUUAUCUAAUUAAGUUUUAAUGAUCAUAAAAUAUACAUAUUACUUAUAGUUCUUACUUUUAUGUAUUGUAAUUGAACUAAUUUAAAAAAUGUAUAACAUAUACCUAUUAUACAUUAUAGUUGGGUGUACUUUACUUAUGCUGAUUCAGCAUUCUGACUUCUUAUUGAAUCAGACUCAAAAAUUUGCUGCUAUAAUAUUGUGUUACGAACUAUAUCGAAAUGAACCAAUUGCAACCAAUCCAUUAGCACCUGUUUUUAUGCAUCUUUUAGUAAGAUAUUUAUUUUGUAUUAUUUGUUAAUUAUAAAUUAAUUCCAUCACUAAAACCUACAUUUCCUUACAGCACAAAAAAGUUGGAAAAAAUGAAUAUGUUGGAGAUUUGCCAGUUUUAACAAUGCCUGUAAAAAUAUUCCUCUCUAAUUUAAUUAUGUCACAAAAUUCUAAAGAGUUAUUGCGAAAAUCUGCUAAGCAAGUAUUAACAGCACGGAGUGAUCCCAGCAAACCUGUCGUUAAUACUGCAACAAUUCUAAAUACCAUAAAAGAACGUCGUAAAAAUCUUCCUCGGACAGCAAAAAGCUCUCUUCCAGUUAUCAUACCUGAUCCUCAAAAAUCUGAGUAUGGUCUUAGUAAAUAUUAUCCUUUAAAAUUACCAACAUGAAAUAACCAACAUUUAAAUAUGCAUUUUGUUUUUAUGUUUAGAAGCAAAGAAGGGUCAAAACAAGUUUUGGAAAUGCUUAUUAGUGGACCUAAAUCAUAUGUUUCACACAAUUUUAAACCGGAAAUGAUGAGACUUGUACCACCGCUAUUUGUCUGCAAACAAGAAGUAAGAAUUAAAUUAUACAGUGUACUCCCGAUUAUCCGUGGAAUAGGAUGGCAGGAUAUCCAUGGAUAAACAAAUUCCGCGGAUAAUCCGCAAAAAACACAUAUAUUCUUUAUCUGUAACUUAAGUAUUAUGAAUUUUAAAAAUGGAGCUGUCCAUGUAUGGUUAUUGCACAAAAUCGUUAAAAUGUCCUCUCAAAUUAUGGAAAAUUAAAAUAAAUAUUGUUAUAUAAAUGUGACCAUAAUAAUUAAAAAGUUAUGUAUAGUGAAACUUCAAUAAGUCGAAAAAAUACCAUUUCUCUGCGAAAACCUUGAUUACUCAAAAAAAACUAUAGAUAACAACAUUCUGUGUUCUGAAUAUAGAUGGAUAACGGCAAAUAAUUUUUAUAAUCAUUUGUCUAUUUGAUCCUCUGUGCCCUGAAGUCUCCCUUGCCAACAUCCCUAUCCCUUCAUCCCAUUCAGUUAAAUAUUUAGGGGUAACCAUUGACUGCCGUCUUACCUGGGCACUUCAUGUUAGAACAAAAAAACUAGCUCUAAACUAAGCACCAAACUUCUUAUUUAUAAAUCUUUAGUUAAGCCCAUGUGGACUUAUGGACUGCAACUAUGAAGCAAAGCAAAAAAAUCCAAUGUGAAUAAAAUUCAACCGUACCAAACAAAACUUUACGUUUAAUCACUAACGCCCCCACCUUAUGUCUCUAACUGUACUUUACAUACUGAUUUAAAUAUUAAAACAGUUCAUACUGAAACAAUAACGUUCUAUAAAUGUUUUUAUAAUAGACUUCUUUCCCACUUCAAUUCCCUUAUAUCAAAUCUAGCUACUCGCACAAUUCCGGGUAAUCCCCCAAGGCAUUUGAAAAGAAAUUGGUAUCGCGAUUUACUUAAUGAAUAAAUAGGUAGUGUAAAAUAAAUAAAGUAUAUAAAUAGGUAGUGCUUUCACUGGAUGGUUUCUUCUCUCACACUUUUCAUGUUAAAAAAUUUCUCUCAACACAUAUUCUCAAGGGCUCAGAUUGUAUAUUAAUCAUUUUAAAUAAAAAAAAAAUUGUCUAUUCAGCUUAUGUGUCCCAUAAUUUAACCUUACAAUUUUAAAAUAAUAAUAAUAACAAUAACAAUACACAAUCUAAUUAUAUGUACAUUUAUACCAUAUAAUAGUUAAUAACUAUAAUACGUGCAUACAUUUUAAAAACUCUUCAAGUAAAAUUGUUUCCCUAAAAUCUUAGUAAGUUGAAAAAAUUGCAUUUCCCUUGAAUUUUGACUUAUUGAGGUUCCACUGUAUUUUUGAGAGAUAUAUUUAAUUAUUAACAUUUAAUAACACUCAUGCAUUUACAACCAUUUUCAAAAAAAAAAAAAAACAACCACAAUUAAACAAUUUUGCAUUUUUAUAAAUUGUUAAUCUAAAAUUAUUUUUAAAUAGUUUUAAAUAAUCUACUUAAUGAAUCUACUGUCAUGAAUUUUAAGAGAUCCUCUUAAAUUUCUAGAUUUAUAAAUCCCUUUAAUGAUAAUUAAUUUCAUACUAGUUGUAUUACUAUGCUCAGUUCUUUAAAACCAUAAAAAAAGUUUCAAAAACCCAGUAUCAGCCACUCUUCAAGAGUUAAAUUUUCAAGUUGAUUAGUAGCUGUAGAUGUAGGAAUAGUGAAGGGGUGUAUACACACGGCAGGCAAUACAUGUCAAUACGUAACAAUACAGAAAACUAAUAUUUUUAUUAACUCUUUAAUUAAUAAACUUUUGGAAUUUCCCUUAUUAUAUGACUCUUCUAAAAACCACAUCUUUGCAUUUGAAAAAUAAACUACGCAAAUAAGUUCGGUAGAAUUUCAUAUAUGCCUGUCUUAAGAAAUCACCUCUCGUUCUAAUAAUAUAUAAAGAUUAUUAUUGUUUUGUAUUUUCAUACAAAAAUGUUUUCCUGUUUUAUAUAAAAAAAUUAUGACUAUAACUGAAUAUUUAUUAAAUUAUUAGUUUUAGACUUAACCAAUUUACUAUUUAAAACCUAGAAUUUUAAAUUUCAAUAUUCAAGAAUAGAAUUCUUCAUUAGAAUUCUUUAAACUUUUACUCUUACCUUAACUAGAACUUUCUAUUUUGUCUUUAUAAUAUUUAAUUAUUUAUACUAUUUUAUUUUAUUAUAAUUGGGUAAUACAUUGCUGAAAUUAUAAUUUAUAUCUAUAUAUUUAAAUUAGAUUUUUAGAAAUAAUAAUUAUAACUGUGGUAUAGCCGGGGAAGUUAAUUCCCCCACUUUGCUUUUUUUCAUAUGUUUUAACCUAAUAGAUGUAUUCAUAUUAUUGUAUACUUUGUUAUUCUACUGUAAAAAUUAUGAUAUUUUUUGUCAUACUAAUUGAAAAUGCAUAAUAAUGGAUAAAGUAAAUUAUCAUUAUCUUUGAGCACGUUAUCAUUUUGAAUCAAUUAGCAGUGAAACAAGAAAAAUACAUCUGUUGUAAAUUAACAGUAAAAUAUUUUAAAACUUUCAUAUUGUAGUCUAUGUAUAUCUAUCAAUUGAUUAGUUUGUUUUUACUAUUUACACCGCUGAACCUGGUUCUUGAAUGUCUUAAUAAGAGUAUAUCUAAGAAUUGAGCAAAAACCAUAAAAUAAAAUAAAAAAGCUGUCCUAGGAUAAUAGGGAUGGUUGCAGCCUUUGUUAUGAGUGAAAAGUUGGGAAAGUAAUAAAGGAGAAAUUUAAUGUAUAUUUGUGAGGAACGAUAGACCAUUGUUAACGAAAAACGAUUUUGAGCUGAGUUUGGUUAAUAGUGUUACUUUGUCAACAAUAUACAUUUCAUAUUAUUGUAAAAUAAUUACAUUACCUAUAUAUUUUCUUUAAAAUUAUUUGUUUAAUAUUGUACCUAUUUUCUCAAAAUUUCCUUAUUUUUUUCAAAUUUUCUAAUUGAUUGGGAAAAUCAUAAAUUGACCUCCUUAAAGUAUCUCCCCAGUCAGAUUUUCUUUUAAAAAAAUUGUUAUUAUUGUAAAUCAAAGCAAAAUUGCUUGUAAAAAAGGUAUCCACAAAAAAUACAUCAUUGUAAAACCAAUACAUUCCUCGCUCCAUUCAAAAUCUAAAACUGUAAAAGCUAAUAGUAUAAUUCAUACUUCAACCCCCUCCCCCCCAUUCCAUAAUUUUGGCUAUGCCAUUGAACUAUAAUACUAUUUGAAUGUAGUAAUAAUUUACAUUAAUAUAUUUACAUAGCUGCUUAUAAUAUUAUUUGUAAUUCUUAACUAUUCUAGCUGUAAUCAAGGAUACAUUCCCCUCCUCAAAAUAAUUUUUUAUUAAAUAUUUUGGUGUAUUUUAUCAUUGUAGAGAAUAAUUGGUACUAAUACAAAUUAUUAGCACCCCUCGCCCUAGAAUGUUUUCCUAACCAUGAUACAGUUACUUAUAGACUAUACAUAGCCAAAUGAAUGUUAAUACAGAAUACACGACAGUAUAAUUACCAAUUUAAAAUUAAUAUAACAACAAUUCUUCAUUAUUAGGUGAACAAGUAACCUUCAAAACAAAUUUAUGUAUCAUUGUAUCAACAUAAUCACAUAAUCAUAGCUAUUAAAUUAAAUUGCAAUCGUUAUGAUAUCAGAUGAUCAAACUUAUUAAUAAUUGUAAGCUUAUUAAUAACAAAAUUUUAUGUUAAUAUAUUUAUUUAUACAUUAAAUGUAGAUUUAAGAAAUUAUAAUUUUUGAUAGUCUAUUUUAUAGAACUGUAUUUUCAUACAUAAAUAAAAUAAUCUAAACAAACAUCUGAUAAAUAUAAUAAUUUGUUUUACAUUUUGAAAUAUGAUGAUUUAAAUUAAUUAUGUGUGCCAAUUUUUAAAUAAAUAUGGUAUGUGCAUAUAUAAAUACUUAUUACUUUAAUUCAAUACUUUUUUUAGAUGGUUUGGUUAAAUAUGAGUUGCCGAUCAAAACACCAAAUUUUGUAUGAUAAAACAAUGUGCGUUUCUACUAGUGCUGCUACUGAAGCACGUGAACUUAUGACUAAAGCUCUUAAAGCACCAUUGACAUUACAGCAACAACAACAUCUUUUAGCUGAACUUGGAAACGAUCCAAAAUUAGUUUAUCAUAUAGGUCUUACACCUUGUAAAGUAAGUCAAGUUUAGUAUGAAUUUGGUACUCAUAUUAAUAUUUAUUGUAUUUUUUAGUUACCAGAUUUGGUCGAAAAUAAUCCUUUAAUAGCUAUUGAAGUACUAUUGAAACUAAUGCAAUCCCAUUACAUUACUGAUUACUUCUCUGUCCUUGUCAAUAUGGAAAUGUCAUUACAUUCAAUGGAAGUAGUGAAUCGGUAUGUUAAUUUGUUUUGAAUUUUAAUUUUAAAUUUAGGAAUGAUAAAAUAUAUUUUCUUUUUAUUAGGCUAACUACUACUGUUGAACUUCCAACUGAAUUUGUACACUUAUACAUUUCCAAUUGUAUUGUGGCCUGUGAAACUAUUAAGGAUCAAUAUAUGCAAAAUCGCCUUGUUCGUUUAGUGUGUGUUUUCUUGCAAUCUCUUAUUAGAAACAAAAUAAUCAAUGUGCAGGUAAAAUAUAUUGUUUAAAUGUUUUGUUCAGUUUAUCUGUGUGUUAAAUUACACAAGAAAUAUAUUUUUUUUUUUUUUUAUAUUUAUUAUGUUUAUCUUUUGUAGGAAUUAUUUAUUGAAGUUCAAGCCUUUUGUGUUGAUUUCAUUAAUAUCCGAGAAGCAUCAGCGCUAUUUCGUCUCUUAAAACAGUUAGAAACUGGAGAUACAUGCAGUAUUGGUAAUAUAGCUGCUGCUGCUGGUAUUACACCUAGUACAAUUGCUGCUGCUAAGGAUAAAGAUAAAGAAAAAAUUAUACCAAAAGAAAAGUAAUUUUAUGAAGUCUUUAAUUUUUAUUUUUUUGGUGUCAUUCAUAGAUUAUAAGUACUACUAAAAUUAUUAUUGAUUUUUUUAUUUCUAUGAUUAGUAAAUGAGACUGUAAAGUAAAAAUAUCAGUGUUAUUAAUAAUAAUAAUAGGUUGUUUUAUGUUUAUAUUAAUAUAAUAUUAUGUAAAAAUAAUAGAGAUUACUAAUCAUAAUUUAUUUAAAAUUAAUACAUUUUAGAUUAUGCUAGUAGCUAAUAAUUUUUAAUUAAUUUUUUCGUAUAUUCAUAAUUUAUUACUAGAAUCUAAAAAAACAUGCAUUACAAUUUGCAUUGUAGUAUAUCAUUAUCUUUUAAUUAUGUUACUUAAUGGUUUACAAAUAAUUACAUUGCAUACUUUCAUGUUUAACUGUAGAAUAGAACUUAUUGUAUUUCUUUCUAUUCUACAAAAAGAUUUUAAUAUUUAUUGGUAUAUGUAUUUUAUUUUAUUAUGAGAAUUGGUGGGUAGACCCCCUAAUUUUGUAAAAAAAAAAAAAAAAAAAAAAAAAAAAAAAAAAAAAAAAAAAAAAAAAACACUUAGAAUACUAUUACUCGAAUUUUCUUCAAGUUAACUAUAAUAAAACAAAAUUAAGGAAAAAAUAUAAAUAAUAUGUAUGCUUAAAAAAGCGAAAAAUUAUUGUUGUUCUAAUGUCUACUGUCAUAUUUUUUGUUUUUUUUUUUUUUUUAAAUUUCUUAUGUACUCAAUUUUAAAUUGUAUUAAUUAUUAUUAUUCAACAUAGGUGAUUUUUAUGUUUAAACAUGCAAUAAAGUAGACAUUCAAUUAAAAUGUGUUCAUUAGUUGGUACAUUCUCUAUAUCAAAAUCUUAAUAACCCAACAAAAAUUAUGGUUUUGUUAUUAGCAAUUCUUGUAACACGUGAGUGCAACAACCAGAUAUCUCCAUUUUUUUUCAAAAAUCACUUUUUUGUAUAUUCAUAUAAAAAAAAAAUCCCAUCAAUAAUCAGACAAAUCCGAUUAUUAGUUAAAAAGAUUAUAUACAAAUGAAGAUGUCAAUUUUACUUUUUGUUGCAACAAGACUACUCUGAAGAUGGUAAUUUUAGUAAUUUGGUGAUAUCUAGUUGUUAUAUAAGUAUAUUACUUCUUCAAUUGUUUUAUAAGUAAUUUUUAUUUUAUAUAAAUUAUAUAUAACUACAAAUUUUCAACAGCAAACCCAGAAAUGAAACAUGACUUAGUAUAUUUUUGAAAUUGUAUUUAAUAUAAAUUGAAACUAAAUACCUACUUUAAAAUAGUAUUUAUGUAGUAUUUAAUAAAUAUAAUCUCUAAAUAGCUAAUAAAAGUGUAUAUUAUUAUCCUUAAAUUCUUGCAUAUUAUUUCUAUAGUUUUAUAUUUAUAAAAGGUUUACUGAAUGUUAUUAAUCAAGUUCAAAAAAUACUCAGAAGUUUCUCUGGAUGGUAAACACUGUCCAAAAGCUUCGAGUAAUAAUAACUGUUUAUUUAUAGAAGAAGAAAAGUCUUCAAAUGAAAGUUUUGUAUCGUUAUCACAAUCCAUUUUGCGAAGGACAAUGUCAACGAGUUCCCGUACACCUUCAUCAGGAUCCUCAUCCUGCGGAUGUUUUACUAAACAGUUUCUGAAACAAGCAUAUAUUAUGAGUAUAUAAACUGCAAAAAGUAAAUUAACAGUUCAUUAACCUUAACAAAUUGAAUAUUUCUUCUUUAGUUAUGUAUCCAUCAUUAUUAAGAUCAUAUAUGGUAAAUGUAUAUUUAAUUCGUUCCUCCUGAGUACCUUUCAACAACACUGACAACCCGAUAAUCCAUUCAUCUUCGUGUAUGACACCAUCAUUACGUUGAUCGAAAAAACAAAAUAUGCGAUCUGUUAAAAUUUCUUCAGUUGUAAUUCCAAAUUCAUUUUGUAAUAACUCUCUGAACAUUAACCGAUCAAACCCCU